AUGCUGGUGACCAUGCUGUUGUCUGUUGCCUGUAUGCUACUGAUGCUGGGGGGGCGUGCUCUUGCUGGAGGCUAUCCCCCCGUACCCCACAUGAAGUACAUGCAGCCCAUGAUGAAAGGGCCUAUUGGACCCCCUUUCCGAGAGGGCAAGGGACAUUACAUUGAUAUGCCACCUAUGAUGGAAGUGAAGGGGGAACCAGGACCCCAAGGGAAACCUGGACCAAGAGGCCCCCCUGGGCCAUCAGGACUUCCAGGAAAACCUGGACUGGGGAAGCCAGGUCUCAAUGGCCAGCCAGGCCCUCAGGGGCCUCCUGGCUUUCCAGGAAUUGGCAAGCCUGGACUUCCAGGUCUUCCAGGAAAGAUUGGACUAAAGGGGAUGCCAGGGCUUAAUGGCGAGGUUGGUCCCCGUGGUGAACCAGGUCCUAGAGGUCCUCCAGGGCAUCCCGGCCUCCCUGGCCCAGCUGGCCUAUCUCUAAAUGGAAAACCUGGGCUUCCAGGUAUCAGAGGCCCCGCUGGGUCACGGGGAGAACCAGGAUUAAAGGGCCUUGCUGGCCCACCAGGUGACCGUGGGUUUAAGGGUGAUAAUGGAAAUGGGAAGCCAGGAGCUCCUGGUAUAAGGGGUCCACCUGGGCUAAAAGGCAGUGCAGGACAAACUGGUUUUCCAGGUGUAGGCAAGCCUGGACCAAAAGGUUUGCCUGGAGCACCUGGUCUUAAAGGUGAUAAUGGACUCCCGGGAGAUCGAGGAGAACCAGGAGAAGCUGGGUCUCCAGGUCUACAAGGUUUGCCAGGGCCAAUUGGGUUAGGGAAGCCUGGACUGGAUGGACUGCCAGGAGUACCAGGUCCACUAGGUCCGAAAGGUGAGCCAGGGCUCAGAGGUGCUCCUGGAUUUCCUGGGACUCCAGGCUAUGGAAAACCUGGUCUAGGUGGGCCAAAAGGAGACAAGGGCAAUAUUGGUUUGCCUGGUUUCCCAGGGGACAAAGGCGAUCAAGGAAUGGUGGGCCCAAUUGGGGAGUCAGGCCUUGAUGGGCAACCAGGACCACAAGGACUUCAAGGCCCAAUGGGACUCCCAGGAAAACAUGGCAUUCCAGGACUGAAGGGAGAGCUGGGGCCCCAGGGUCCUCCAGGACUGCCUGGCCUCAGAGGUGACCAAGGCCCGAGUGGGAUCUCUGGAAAACCUGGUAUCCCUGGGGACAAAGGUAUCCCUGGGCUGCAUGGUCCUAUUGGAAAACCUGGACCCAAAGGUGAAGCAGGGCAUAUUGGCAUACCUGGUAAUCCUGGGCUGACAGGUUCUCCUGGGCCAAAAGGUGAGACAGGGUUUAUGGGGACAACAGGUCCCAGGGGUCAGUCAGGUAUUCCUGGUCUUCAAGGCCCCAUGGGUCCCAUGGGGCCACAAGGUGUCCCUGGCCUGAAGGGUGAACCUGGAAUUCCAGGGUCUCCAGGACUGGGUAAGUUUGGAGAGAAGGGAGCUAUUGGUCCCCAAGGUCCUCCAGGGAAACCAGGCACUGCUGGACUUAAUGGUAACCCUGGCCUACCUGGGCCACCAGGGCCUCCAGGUCCUCCAGGAAAUGGCCAAACAGUUGUUGCAGGUCCAACAGAUUCAGAGUUGGAAGGGGAUGAAGUACCAGGGGACAGGAAAGGGCCAGCAUACAGUCAAGUCCCACUCUCUGCCUCUGUAGCACCAGCCUUCACAGCCAUCCUCAGCACACCUUUCCCUCCCUCUGGCAUGCCAAUCAAAUUUGACAGGACCCUGUACAACGGGCAAAAUGCCUACAGUGCGGCUACUGGCAUGUUCACUGCUCCUAUAUCUGGUGUCUACUACUUUGCUUACCACAUGCAUGUAAAGGGAACUAGCCUGUGGGUGGCACUGUACAAGAACAAUGUACCAGCCACUUACACCUAUGAUGAAUACAAGAAAGGCUACAUGGACCAGGCGUCGGGAAGUGCUGUCCUAGAGCUGAAGGAGGGUGACCAGGUAUGGGUCCAGAUGCCUUCGGAUCAGGCAAAUGGCCUCUAUUCCACCGAGUACAUCCACUCCUCCUUCUCAGGAUUCCUGCUCUGUCCCACAUAACCCUGUCCUUUUAUUCCCAACAUGUUCCUAUAUUGGCACCUCAGAGCAGCCCUAAACCUAAAAUACCUGCAGCCAUAAUAGAAACACAAAACCCAUGAAAUUCUCAAUACUAUUUCCAUCAUCUUUAUCUCUCACCCUCAACAAUAUCAGUGAAAGAAAAAAAACUUUUUUGAAUGAAAUAUGGAAAGAUUUAAAAGGCAGGAAGGAAUAUCAUACUGUGUUCUGUGUUUCAGUGUCCUUCAAA